UUAUUAUUAUUAUUAUUAUUAUUUACCACAUUAUUCACCCUCUUUUAUACUUACACAGCGGCUCGUCUUUGGUGGAAAUUCGACUGUAUCUAAACGUUCUCGAGUCACUGUCCGGUUGAAAAUUGUAUGUUACCACCGAAUACAAGGACUGAAGCAGUUUUUCUGAAACCACGUGCAUCAUUCAAACUGGCUGCCUUCAACGUUCGCACACUUAUGCAGGUCGGACAACAGAUAGGUCUAGUUAUGUCUUUAGAAAGUCUUAUUAUCGACGUUUGUUAUCUAUCCGAGACCCGUAUUCAAGACUUUGGUGAAGUACUACAAAUUCGCUCUCCAUCUGUCGCUUCAAAAAGCUUGUUUUAUAUGCGUUUAUCCGGGAACCUUGUGGCAUGUUCGUCUGGACCUGCUGGCGUUGGUGUCUCACUAAGCCCUAGAGCUGAGUCAGCACUAAUCGAUUGGAUCCCCAUUAACAUUCGGUUAUGUGCUGUUAGAUUAGAAAGUUCCAUCAAAGUGAGAAGAAAUCGGCGUGAGAAACGAUGUCUUUUCGUCAUCUCCGCCUAUGUCCUGACAGAUUGCAGCCCGGAUGCAAUCAAGAAUGAAUUCUACCAACAGUUAACUGUUCUUCUCCAGAAAGUGCGUUCGACAGAUAUUGUAGUACUAGCCAGAGACUUGAAUGCUCAGGUCGGGCGUCUAGGCACAGAAGAGAGUCGUUUAGGUGGCCGAUGGGGACUCGUUGGUCGCAGGUCAGAUAACGGGGACCGUCUGCUGCAACUGUGCACAGACCACAACCUGUUUCUGGCUAGCAUUAACUUUCGGCACACUCAUCGCCGAUGUGCCACCUGGCGUCCUCCCUCUGCAUCUCAAGCCUGAACUCAGAUUGACCACAUCACGAUCAGCUACCGCUGGCGUGGUUGUGUAGAAGACUGCUGCU